CCUCACCUGCCGCCCGGGAGGGGGCGGGCAUUGUUCACCGCUACCGCCGAGCCGGGCCAUGGGGGCCGCUCGGCACCCCGGGCCGGGCCUGGCGAGACCGCUGCGUCGCCGCUGAGAGGGUCCCGCACGCAGCCUGGCGGUGCAGGUGAGGCCGGCCGCGCCAUGGUGGAUCCAGUGGGCUUCGCCGAGGCGUGGAAGGCGCAAUUCCCGGACUCUGAGCCGCCGCGUAUGGAGCUGCGCUCGGUAGGUGACAUCGAGCAAGAGUUGGAGCGCUGUAAGGCCUCUAUCCGGCGCCUGGAGCAGGAGGUGAACCAGGAGCGCUUCCGCAUGAUAUACCUGCAGACACUGCUGGCCAAGGAGAAGAAGAGCUAUGACCGGCAGCGCUGGGGCUUUCGGCGCGCCGCGCAGCCCCCUGACGGCGCAGCUGAAGCCCGAGCGCCCGCGUUGCGCCCGGCGCCGGCGCCCGCCGACAGCGCGGAUCCGCCUCUAGCCGAGGAGUCCGAGGCCCGGCCCGACGGAGAAGGAUCCCCAGGUAAGGCUCGGCCUGCGACUGCCCGCAAGCCUGGAACCGCCACUUCCGCCGACCGGGAUGAGCGGGGACCCCCCACCAGUGUGGCGGCGCUUAGGUCCAACUUCGAAAGGAUUCGCAAGGGUCCUGGGGCUGCGGACACUGAGAAGCCCUUCUACGUGAAUGUCGAAUUUCACCACGAGCGCGGCUUGGUGAAGGUCAACGACAAAGAGGUGUCUGACAGGAUCAGUUCUCUGGGCAGCCAGGCCAUGCAAAUGGAGCGCAAGAAGUCCCAGCAAGGUGCGGGGCCGGGUCUGGGGGAUGCACCCAGGCCCCAUUACCGCGGGCGCUCCUCAGAGAGCAGCUGUGGCCUCGACGGCGACUACGAAGAUGCAGAGUUGAACCCUCGGUUCCUGAAGGACAACCUAAUCAACGCCAAUGGCGGCGGCAGACCCCCUUGGCCGCCCUUGGAGUAUCAACCCUACCAGAGUAUCUACGUCGGGGGCAUGAUGGUGGAAGGGGAGGGUAAGGGUCCGCUUCUACGCAGCCAGAGCACCUCAGAGCAGGAGAAGCGCCUCACCUGGCCCCGCAGGUCCUACUCCCCCCGGAGUUUCGAGGACAGUGGAGGUGGCUACACUCCGGACUGCAGCUCCAAUGAGAACCUGACCUCCAGUGAAGAGGACUUCUCCUCUGGCCAGUCAAGCCGGGUGUCUCCAAGCCCCACCACUUACCGCAUGUUCCGAGACAAGAGCCGCUCACCCUCGCAGAACUCGCAGCAGUCUUUUGACAGCAGCAGCCCCCCGACACCUCAGUGCCAGAAACGGCACCGGCAGUGCCAGGUGGUGGUGUCUGAGGCAACCAUUGUGGGUGUCCGCAAGACUGGGCAGAUUUGGCCCAGCGAUGGGGACAACACCUUCCAUGGAGAUACAGAUGCCUCAUUUGGAACAUCACCUGGGUACAGCUGUGCCGCAGACCGAGCUGAGGAGCAGCGCAGGCACCAAGAUGGGCUGCCCUACAUCGAUGACUCACCCUCCUCCUCUCCCCACCUCAGCAGCAAGGGCAGGGGCAGCCGGGACACUCUGGCCUCAGGAGCCCUGGAGCCCACCAAAGCGAGUGAACUGGACUUGGAAAAGGGCCUGGAGAUGAGAAAAUGGGUCCUGUCUGGAAUCCUGGCUAGUGAGGAGACUUACCUGAGCCAUCUGGAGGCACUUCUACUGCCCAUGAAGCCUUUGAAAGCUGCUGCCACCACCUCUCAGCCUGUGCUGACCAGCCAGCAGAUCGAGACCAUCUUCUUCAAAGUGCCUGAGCUCUAUGAAAUCCACAAGGAGUUCUAUGAUGGGCUCUUCCCCCGAGUGCAGCAGUGGAGCCACCAGCAGCGGGUGGGCGACCUCUUCCAGAAACUGGCCAGCCAGUUGGGUGUGUACCGAGCCUUUGUGGACAAUUAUGGGGUUGCCAUGGAAACAGCAGAAAAGUGCUGUCAGGCCAACGCUCAGUUUGCAGAAAUCUCUGAGAACCUGAGAGCCAGAAGCAACAGGGAUGCCAAGGACCAAGCCACCAAGAAUUCUUUGGAAACCCUGCUCUACAAGCCUGUGGACCGGGUGACAAGAAGCACGCUGGUCCUUCACGACUUGCUGAAGCACACCCCUUCCAGCCACCCAGAUCAUUCCCUGCUGCAGGAUGCCCUUCGCAUCUCACAGAACUUCCUGUCCAGCAUCAAUGAAGAGAUCACACCCCGACGACAGUCCAUGACAGUGAAGAAGGGAGAGCACCGGCAGCUGCUGAAGGACAGCUUCAUGGUGGAGUUGGUAGAGGGCGCCCGCAAGCUGCGCCACGUCUUCCUGUUCACCGACCUGCUCCUCUGCACCAAGCUCAAGAAGCAGAGUGGAGGAAAAACCCAGCAGUAUGACUGCAAAUGGUACAUUCCGCUCACGGAUCUCAGCUUCCAGAUGGUGGACGAAUCAGAAGCGGCACCCAACAUCCCACUGGUGCCAGAUGAGGAGCUGGAUGCAUUGAAGAUUAAGAUCUCCCAGAUCAAGAGUGACAUCCAGAGAGAGAAGAGGGCAAACAAAGGCAGCAAAGCUAUGGAGAGGCUGAAGAAGAAGCUGUCAGAGCAGGAGUCGCUGCUGCUGCUCAUGUCUCCCAGCAUGGCCUUCAGGGUACACAGCCGCAAUGGCAAGAGUUAUACAUUCCUGAUUUCCUCUGACUAUGAACGAGCUGAGUGGAGGGAGAACAUCCGGGAACAGCAGAAGAAGUGUUUCAAAAGCUUCUCUUUGACAUCUGUGGAGCUGCAGAUGCUGACCAACUCGUGUGUUAAACUUCAAACCGUCCACCACAUUCCACUGACCAUCAACAAAGAAGAUGAUGAAUCUCCUGGGCUCUACGGGUUCCUGAAUGUCAUUGUCCACUCAGCUACUGGGUUUAAGCAGAGUUCAAAUCUGUACUGUACCUUGGAGGUGGAUUCCUUUGGGUAUUUUGUGAAUAAAGCAAAGACGCGUGUCUACAGGGAUACAACCGAGCCAAACUGGAAUGAGGAGUUUGAGAUAGAGCUGGAAGGUUCCCAGACCCUGCGGAUACUGUGCUACGAAAAGUGUUACAACAAAACAAAGAUUGCCAAAGAAGACGGCGAGAGCACAGACCGGCUCAUGGGGAAAGGCCAAGUCCAGCUGGACCCCCAGGCCCUGCAGGACAGAGACUGGCAGCGGACUGUCAUCGCCAUGAAUGGGAUUGAAGUGAAACUUUCUGUCAAGUUCACAAGCAGGGAAUUCAGCUUGAAGAGAAUGCCGUCCCGCAAACAAACAGGGGUGUUUGGAGUCAAGAUUGCCGUGGUCACCAAGAGAGAGAGGUCCAAAGUGCCCUACAUCGUGCGCCAGUGUGUGGAGGAGAUUGAACGCCGGGGCAUGGAGGAGGUGGGCAUCUACCGUGUGUCUGGAGUGGCCACAGAUAUCCAGGCGCUGAAGGCAGCCUUUGACGUCAAUAACAAGGAUGUAUCAGUGAUGAUGAGUGAAAUGGAUGUGAAUGCCAUCGCAGGCACGCUGAAGCUUUAUUUCCGUGAGCUGCCUGAGCCCCUCUUCACUGAUGAAUUCUACCCCAACUUUGCUGAGGGCAUUGCUCUUUCAGAUCCUGUUGCAAAGGAGAGCUGCAUGCUCAAUUUGCUGCUGUCCCUCCCAGAAGCCAACCUGCUGACAUUCCUCUUCCUUCUAGACCACCUGAAAAGAGUGGCUGAAAAGGAGACCGUGAACAAGAUGUCCCUGCACAACCUCGCUACAGUGUUUGGUCCUACACUGCUCCGGCCCUCAGAGAAAGAGAGCAAGCUCCCUGCCAACCCCAGCCAGCCCAUUACCAUGACUGACAGCUGGUCCUUGGAGGUCAUGUCCCAGGUCCAGGUGCUGUUGUACUUCCUGCAGCUGGAGGCCAUACCUGCCCCAGACAGUAAGAGACAGAGCAUCUUAUUUUCCACUGAAGUCUAAAGGCCCAACAUCAUCUCAAGAAGCCAACAGAACAGCCUGGGAACCUGUGGUGAAACGGGCCAUCUGAAGAGUGGGAACCGAACCUUCAUGAGGUGUAACUGGGCCAUUCCCAAGAGCCAGGCCAUCUGCCAAGAGAUAGUACCCAAAGUAGAAGGCCAGGUGGCUGGCACAGAUCCCCGUUGGUCUGCAAACACGUCUGGCCUUGGACUGUGGUUUUUCCGUGCCGCCACCAGAGGGCGCCCCAAGCUAGCACGUCUUGGCGUGCAGGCCUGGCUCCAGGGAGAGAAGGCGGAGUGGUUUUUAUGAACUUAAUUUAUCAGAGUUUAAAAGAUUUCUACUGGAUCACUUGUCAAGAUGCACCCUCUCCAGGGAGAAGGGAACACCACCAGAUUCCUUCAUUAUUGUGUCUUGAAUAAACACUGCUGCUGCUUUAUACUGUGGGGGCCACAGCCCUGUCCCUGUAUGGGUAGGGGCGUUUCGAUUUCCCUAACUUAGACUCCAUUUGUAACAGGACUUGAGAAGCUAAUUCAACACUGUGUAGUGUCAUGCCUCCAUUCACUCCCUGCUUCUUUUUCUUUGUAGAAGGAUUUCUGUCCAGAAAUGGGUCAGCUUUCUGCUCUUUCCUGUUGCUUUAUUUUUUGCUAUUUGUGCAUUCCUCUGAAGGCAGUCCACCUGCAGCCAUGAAAUGUGCAGGGACCAGACACUGGGGGAGGGAGGUCCAGGCCACACACCUUAUGAUUCCUUCUCCAGGGAGAGUGACCAUGCCUACCUAUCCUGACCGCCCACCUGGCUCUCACUCUCCUUUUCAGUUUAAAAGGGCCCUGAUUUCUCUGGCUUCACUGUCUGCACUCUCAACCUCUACACAGAUGGCUUCAUUUCCUGGCUCAACUGAACAGACUCAGUUAACUUUUGUAAAAAUUUCUUCUCAGCAGCAGCAGCUGGCUGGUAGCUUGUUUUAAAACUUUGAUCCAAAAUAGCUUUUUGAUACUUGAAUAUUUUUAAGUUUUAUACAUAGUUUCUAAUUUUUUUCCUACCAGAUUCAGAUACCUAAUAAGAUAUUAGAAUGUACUCCGUGGACAGUCUGUGUCCCGGCAGCAUUUUGUCUUCCUCUAAGCUCUAGUUCCAUUUUCUUAUUCUGACAUCUCAAGCAUAUCAGGAUAUGAUGGGUUAGGAAAAGGCCAAGCAUGGGAUGGGGGUUCCCAUCCCAAAGUAGGUGGGAGGAAAGGCCUGCCUGCUGCACUCCCUCCUCAUGUUCCCUGCAUCUUUGCAGAAGGAGCCUGAACAGCUCUCUAACUCUCCCUGAGCAUCAGGCUUAGAGAAAAGAGAAUCCGGGAGGCCAUGAACUUGUUUGAAGAAGGUAAACCCAUGAACAGUUUGUAUCACUUUUUUAAAAGUGGGGCUGAAAGGAAACAGAGGUCCAGUUUCUAUGCUGCUCUUGCAGGAGAAGGGGAUGCUGCUAAUCAGAGGAGGGAAACGGCAUGACUCAGGAAAAUGUCUGUUGGUUGUCACAAGAGGACAUUAAUACCAGUAGGACACUGUCCCAUUACCCUUCCCACAUCUGGGGAGGGGAAAGGUGUUGAUGAGCAAAUCCUGCCAAGCCCACUACAUGAGGGAGACCCCUGACACCAGGGGCGAUGCGUCUCCUACUGUUUCCUCUGCUUCUGAACCUGCCAAAGCAGAGGGCAGAAAACAAAGUCACUUAAAGUUUCUCGACUAUACAAUGUUUAGUUGUGCUUUUUUUUUUCUCACAGAGAGCAGAGCCGCCUUCCCGGGUGGUGUGGACAAAAUCAGCCUCUGUCUCAGCACAUUUCUGGACCCAGUGGGCUCCUCUGACCUGGCUGCCCAUCCCCAUCCCUCUCAGCUACCCUCCAGCCCUGCAAGGGAGACAGGUUUUGCUUAAAAAAAGCCAAACCCAGCCCUUGUGUCUACCUACUCCCUCUGGUGUCUCAUGAUUUGCAUCUGUCGCCUUGAAACUGGAAAGCAAUAUAUCGUCUGUGCCAAUUCUCUUUCCUUCACCAGAUUCCUUCCUCUUUAUACUUUUUAUUUAUAUAGGAUGUGUGCUGUUUAACAAUGGAAUGACCACUCUUUCUCGUGUAGUUGUAAAAGUGCUCCCCCACGGCCAGGCCACAAGAGCCUUGGUGGUUUGAGAGCCGGAACUGCCUCCAUUACUCUAUCUCAUGCCUCACAGGCCUGUGGGCUGGCUGGCUAAGCCAGUGUG